AUGGAAACGAUGAUGGUUAAUACAAACAUUGAUUCGCUGGGAGAUCACGACGAAGACGACGAUGACAACAACAAAACAAAGACCAAAGGAUCAACAGCAACAACAUCGACGACAUUGUCAGUGAAUGAGUUCAUUGCACAACAUCAACAACAGAAGAAGAAACAACAACAACAACAAGCAAUGAAUAGGCGUUCGUUGGACUUGACCACCACAACCUCAGCAACCAAUGGUAACUCGCCAUCCAAACUGGCGCGCACAUUAAGUGUUGUGUUCCUCAGUGGCAAGAAGCCCGGACUGUCAAGACGAAGCACCUUGCCACCAAACUACUUGUUACAGCUUGCACCAGGUGCAGGCAACAGCCACCCUCCAUCUCCAAAGUACGACCGACAUACAGCUGCUGCGCGUCCAAAGAGUGAUGUUGUUGUCCCCUCUAGUUCAUUGGAUGUUGAACCUACUCAACCUCCCUCAACACGGAUGCAGCCCUUGAGGCCAGAGGUUCCAGAGAUUGAAGGGCACACCACUCCCGAUGCCGAGGAAGACGAACUCACUCACUUUUACCAGCAUAUCAAGGACGAUCCCGAUGGAUUCAUUGAGGAGCAUCAACUCAGGAAGAUAUUGGAGGGCUACGACGAGGCUCACAUCAGUCAGAUCAUUGAUGUGAUACCAUUUGAGAAUGGUGUCUGCUCGAAUGCCAUCUUCCUGGCAAUGGUCAACCAGUUCCAGGCCAAUGGCACGCUGGACGACGAUGAAUACGAGGACUACUCAGACCAUCCAAUCAAUCGUCUUGAGGACUUCCAAGUGACUGACGAUUCAAAGAUAGUACCAACAGUACUGGACAACAAUGGCAAGGGCAAUGUUGGUGUGCCAGCAGAGAUUGGUGAUGAUGACGAUGUUACUACCAACCAUGUCGAGUCCCCAUCAAAUCAGUCAGACUACUUCAAGGACAACCUGCUUGGAACAGUCGUAUCUGCUAACUCAAAGCUCAGAAAGUAUGACAGGUCUAUGCCACAAUUCUUUGGCGAGUUGGAGGACAAUGGUGCUGGCAACGAGCAGGACACAGGCAAGAUGGAUGACACAGGAUAUCAAGAGGAGAUUGCACGACUAAAGCAAGAGUUGGCCACACGUCCAGACCCUCAACGGGUCAUCCAUCUUCAAGAGACCAUCCAACUCACUUAUCAAGACUUGAAAGAGCGGGAGCAAAAGAUCGCAGAGCUUGAGAAGGACUUGGACAAGGAGUCUGGCCUGCUGCGCACAGUCGAGAAGAAAUACCGAGACAUCAGUGAAGACAUUGAGCGAUCAAUCAAGAAAGAGAACGAGGCGACCAAAGAGGUGGAGGAGCUGAAGAAGAAUGUAUAUAAGAAGAACGAUGAGUUGAGCAAGCUGGAACUGUCGAAUGCAAAGUUGUUGGAGCAGGAGGAGCUGGCUCGUAAGAGAGAGGAGGAACGUGAGGCACAGCUGAGAAAGUACAAACACAUGGUGGAGACUUCAAAGAGUCAGGAGGAGCAGAGUAGUCAUCUUAUUAUCGAACAACUGCAACAGAUACAGCAACAAGAGGCUAUGAUCAAACAGCAAGAGGAGAGGAUAAACACACUGAUACAACAGCAACAGCAACAGCUACACAAUGCCAAUCGUCACAACUCGUUGGAAGACAGCAUGGCAAAGCAGUUGGAGGAGAUCAGAGAGAUGCUGGUCAAGAUAGACACGCUGGAGCGCGAGAAGCGAGACACCCAAGAACAGUGUCAGAAGUUGUCAAGGCAGGUCGAUGCUGCCAAGAAUGAGCAGACCAGGAUCACUGGUGAGGCCGAGACCAAGUUGGGCACAUUGCUACAACACCUGCAUGAUAGCAACCGACUCUAUCUCCAGCAGUUGGACAACACGCGCACCUUUGUACAGAACAUUGCCAAGGCAUUGGACACGAUGCCAAUCGUAGGCAAGGACACCAAGCACGUAGAUGACAGGCGACCGAUAGAAGAGACGAUUGAACCACCAAUGCCCAGAUCGUGGGCGCAGCUGCCCAACUCCCUUCUCAACUUAUCGCAGUACAAUAGGAGUGCCAAGGAGCUGGACAUCUCGACCGAGAACCUGAAGCACAAGUUGAACGAUAUCCGUCGUGACCUAUCACGCCACCAUGACAAACAGUUAGCAGUCGAUAUUCAAGUGAAGGAUGCUCCAAGACAGCAUUUGAACAAUCUGCAACAGACACAACAACAGACACAACAACAAGCACAACAGACAAUUCCAGAUCCCGACAAUGAUAUAAGAUCUCCUCUGAACUCGAUCAUGUAUUCACAACCAUCACCCUUUGCAAAUUCAACUCUGCGACGGCAACACACACAGACACAGCCACAGCAACAGCCACAGAUACAGCCACAGACACAGACACAGACACAGAAACAGGUCAUCAACUGGCCAGUUGUACCAAAGGAGAAGAGUGUAAUACUCAAGUUUGUAGACGAACUGUUCUGGUUGCUAGGCAUGGUCAUCUUCCUCUAUGUACUCCUGUCACUGGCCUUUAUAACAUUCAAUGGUAGACCAGUUGUUAGGUGGCACAAUUGA